AUGGUGCGAUGCGACCGCGGGCUGCAGACGCUGCUGACCACGGCCGGAGCCUUCGCCGCCUUCUCGCUCAUGGCCAUCGCCAUCGGCACGGACUACUGGCUCUACUCCAGCGCGCACAUCUGCAACGGCACCAACCUGACAAUGGACGACGGGCCCCCGCCCCGCCGCACCCGCGGCGACCUCACCCACUCGGGGCUGUGGCGCGUGUGCUGCAUCGAAGGGAUCUAUAAAGGACACUGCUUUCGGAUCAACCAUUUCCCAGAGGACAACGAUUAUGACCAUGACAGCUCAGAGUACCUCCUCCGCAUCGUGCGUGCCUCCAGCGUCUUCCCCAUCCUGAGCACCAUCCUGCUCCUGCUCGGCGGGCUCUGCAUCGGCGCCGGUAGGUUCUACAGCCGCAAGAACAACAUCGUGCUCAGCGCCGGCAUCCUCUUCGUGGCCGCAGGCCUCAGUAAUAUCAUCGGCAUCAUCGUCUACAUUUCCAGCAACACGGGCGACCCCAGUGACAAGCGCGAUGAAGACAAAAAAAACCAUUACAACUAUGGCUGGUCUUUUUACUUCGGAGCCCUGUCGUUCAUUGUGGCCGAGACCGUGGGUGUCCUGGCGGUAAACAUUUACAUUGAGAAGAACAAGGAGCUGCGGUUUAAGACCAGACGUGAGUUCCUCAAGGCCCCCUCCUCGUCGCCCUACGCCAGGAUGCCGAGCUACCGGUACCGGCACCGACGAUCGCGGUCCAGCUCCAGGUCAACCGAGGCCUCGCCUUCCAGGGACGCGUCGCCGGUGGGGCUGAAGAUCACCGGGGCCAUCCCCAUGGGCGAGCUGUCCAUGUACACACUGUCCAGGGAGCCCCUCAAGGUGACCACGGCCGCCAGCUACAGCCCGGACCAGGAUGCUGGCUUCCUGCAGGUGCACGGCUUCUUCCAGCAGGACCUCAGCAUGCUGAGCCGGAGGACCACGCCCGUGUGACCCCGCCCGGCCUGUCCGUGCCAGCCUCUCCCCAGAUCGGCUGCCUGGACCCCACGGGGCCUCUGACCCCUAGGAUGGACUGAGGACAGACUAAAGCCAAACCCCACCCUCCCAGGUCCCCAAAUGCGAGGAGGGCUGGCUUGGAGCGAAGCCCCGGGGAGACAAGAACUGGAAGCGAGAUGGCUGACUUUAUCCCCAAAUGUGGCUUUUGAUGCUGGGGGGGGGUGGGGUGGUCCCGAAAGCUCCCAGGAGGCCCCAGAGCCCUCCGGAGGCAGCAUGGCCUGACCCAUCUGGGAAACAAAACCGAGCCAUUAUCUCCUCUUGGGAACAAAUCCUGCCUGAAGAGCAGCGCUCCAGGGACCCCUCCCUGCCUGGCUUCCUGGGCCCCUGGAGCCUUUGGUCGCUGGUCAGCUGCUUUUGGACGCGAGGUUCCCGUGUCUGUGAGCCAGAGGCGAGGAAGCCGAGGCUCGUCCCUGCCUCUCUGUGUGUCUGUCUGUCUGUCCUGUCUCUGGCAGCGCCGGUUGCUGAGAUGGCUGCGACCAGGAGGACAGAGCCUGUGACCACCUGGUGCUCUCGCUCUUGUGCCGUCCUGGGCCGCUGCCCUCGGCCUGGGCUCACCAAGGCCUGUGGCGGUAUCUGAAGGUGGGGGGCUGGGCGUAAGUCAAAGGCUUUCCUCUUCACUUCUGGAAGUUUCUGCUCACAGAAAGGGCAGAAUACACUGACUGAUUCUACGGUCAGAGGAAAGGUGGCCGAGUGGCCUCUUACUGUGUCCCUUCCCACCCCUGCCCACUGGCCUGAGGAGCAGCACUGUCCCUCCUGGGGGUUCAUGGGGAUAGACCCUCCUCCCAGAGGGUGGCAACAGGAGCCUGGACUUUGUGCAAGAAAGGGAGACCCGAGGGUGAACAGCGAGGAAAAGCCCCAUUUCCUAGGUGGUCACUCAUCAGAAAAGCCAGGACACUCGUUCCCUCUUGAAAAGCAGCACCAGCCCCUGCCCCACCCCAGUGACUGUCAUUUAUGCUGCCACCACCCAAAAGCAGCGGCUAAGUGGACGUCCCAGCCCCGGGAAGGGAGGCUGGCAGGUUCCACAGGUGGUGUUUGUCUGGCUGUUUCUGCCCCAGAAGUGAGCAGAGAACCUGGAAGCCUGUCGGUCUCAGAGGAUUGCUUUCUGGAGCCGACCCUCUUUUAUAUAAAUGCGGGCUUUCUAACGACAAACCCUUUCUUACUUUUUGAAACUUGGCGAUGGCUCUAGAGCAGUUGUCUGUGAUCCCAGUAGCUGUCAUACUUAGAAGUGACAAGCAAACUCUUACCUCAGCCACCUGCUCACGGACCCCCCCCGGGGCGGACUUGGCCCCAGGAGUUCAGUCCGGGUCACGGUCACUGCUCUCCUCCGCUGCCCCCAGAGGGUGCCCCUGCCUGUCCCGCCCCAGUGACUGUGUGCCCCGGUGACCGCGUGCCAGGGCCCUUCUGCUUGCUCGAAACCCUUCCCCCCGUCGAGGUUGGCUUUGUGUGCUCCGUCCAAGCAUGUGCAGCCACGAGUGCUGGAGUGUCCAGGCGCGGCCCGCCCCCGCCCUGUCCCCCUUCCCUCUCCAGGCCCUGACACCACCUCACCAGGCUGGAAGGACGGGGCGAGAUCUGGGGUCCCGUCCCCCAGCAAGGUCACUUCGAAAAGCAGGCAGCCUUGUCCUUCCUUCCAUGUCGGCCACUUCCUCCUGCCUCCCCGGGAGCGUCUCUCGUCUCAUGGAGAAAGCUGUGUUCCAAUGAAUCCUACCUCUCACCCAGUCCCAGCAGAGAAUGCGGGGCCCACUCUCGGGACCAGGAAAGGGAUGGGAGGGACGGAGAGCAGGGAGCAGAACACCUCAGCGCCUCUGGUCGUCACAGCCUUUCUCUCCCACCCCCCGCCUGGGCGCCAGUCGCCCCCUGUCGAAGCCCGCCCGUCCCUGCACCCCAGGGGCACUGGGAGGCCCGUGCCUGUGCCCCCCACGCCCCCAUGCCCUCCACCCUUCCAUCCUGCCCUUGUGUC